GUUGAUUCAGUGCAUACUCUCUUCUAUGGGAACUUUGAAAUUCAAAUGGUUUAGACUUCCCCAAAUCUUCCACUCCCUCCAGCUCCACACCCCAAGACCGUCGAUCCCCUUCACCCCUUCGCCGGCUAUGGCGUCGCGGGCUGGUCGGUUCCUCCCCUGCCUCGAAGCCACGGAGCCGGAGCGCCCGCCGCCGGCCCUCACCAGCGACCUCCACGAGGAGAUCUUCCUACGCGUCGCCUCCCCAAGCGACCUCGCCCGUGCCUCAGCGGCGUGCGUCUCCUUCCGCCGCCUCAUCGGCGACCCGCCCUUCCUCCGACGGCACCGCUCCAUCCACCCGCCGCUACUCCUCGGCUUCAUCAGCUCCGCAGGCUUCCAACCCGCCGAGGCGCCCCAUCCCUCCGCUGCCGUUGCCCGCGCGGUCGCACGCGCCGCCGAUUUCUCCUUCGACUUCGUCCCUCGCCCCACCAGCUCGAACCACUGGCACCCGUGCGAUGCCCGCGGCGGACUCGUCCUCGUCGACUGCAGGCGCUUCACGGAGGCCGACGGGAAGGAGCGCUUGUCCUUGGACCUCGCGGUGUGCGACCCCCUUUCCCGACGGUACCUGCUGCUGCCUCCCAUGGCCGACGACCUGCUCGCCUCCGUCGAGCUCCAGAACCAAGACAUGUUCAAUUCCGGGGCCUCCUUUGUCCCUUCCGGUGGCAUGGAGGAGGAGACAUCAUUCAGUGUGAUGUGCUGGAUGCAUUCCGAGACCAAGUUGGUGGUGUUUUUCUUCUCUUCAGGCUCUGAUCACUGGAUUGUCGGUACAUCUGCUACUUGGGAUGAUCUAGGCUUGCACGAACAAGUUGACUCGCUGGGUUCAUGCCAAUGCGCCUAUGGCUGCUUCUACUGGAAAGUAGACUACACAAACAGGUUGCUCAAGCUCCACAUGGGCACUAUGGAAUUAUGCACAUAUGAGCUCCCUCCUGAUCAUGAUGAUGGGGAUGUCGUCAUUGUGGAGGCAGGAGAAGGCCAGAUUGCAAUGUUUAGCCAACUUGGUGCCGGCACAUCUUUGGAAUAUUACAACUUGUUGCAAAAUGGCACUGACAAGUCCCAUGAGUGGCAUAUGAAGAGUACCAUCCCAUUGCCAGCCCAGUAUACUAGUGAGUGCUACAUUAGAGGUCCAGCCGGAGGCUACAUUUUCCUAGCAGGCACUCCAAAAGAACAGGAUGUGGGAGAUCAAGCGUUUUUCUCACUUGAGAUUAAGUCUUUCAAAAUUGAGAUGGUCAGUAGGAAAACCUUUCCCUUCCGCUACGCCCUUCCGUAUUUUGGUUUCCCGCCAUCUAUGUCACCGAGAAGAAUUCAAGGAUAUGAAGUGUUGCAGGACUAGGUCCCCAUCCAGGUUUGGGGCCUCCUCGUUGCCUUGCUGCUGGUUGGAGCACACGAGCAGAGUGGCAGAUGGCCCUCUUGGAGUCUUGGGUCUUGUUCGGUCUAAUGCCUGUGUUCGGUCUGCGUCUGAUGCAAUCAUCGAACAUAUGCAGCUGCCAA